GGAAAAGAUGCGCCGCUCCGCUCUGCUGCCUGAGAAAAAUAUCGCAGUUCGGCGCAGUUAUCCUGGGAAAUAGCCUUAAAAAUAAACCCGAUAAGUCCGCGAAGCUAUAGCGAAGCUAUAGCGGUCGCGAAGCGAGACAACCGGCGGCAGUUGGUGCGGAGUGGGAGUUUGUGCGGCCGUCGUGACGUCAGAGCCGCCGGUGCUGCGAGUUCUCAGAAUAGACUUCUAGGAAACGGCAAAUUUUAAAAGCCAAGCCUUUACACUCCGUACUUCACACAUCGGGAUCUCAUUCUGGCGACAACACACUCCAAAGCGCUGCUACAGAGAGCUAAAGCCUGACCGGAUUUUAGCCCAGAGGAGUGAAGAAAUAGCAUGAUUCUUUGUGUACCCGGUCCUGGAGCUCUUCUGCCCACUACCCCGUCCACUGAAUCCCCUCGGGGUAUGCGGGCAGGAACUGUAACCCCCACCACCUGCCUCCAAAGCACCAGUCCACGAUGGGACCCCACAAAAGAUCUGAGGGCCAUUGCCAGCAACUUCUGCUACCUAGAAAAUUCAGGAUGGUACUGGGGAGCUAUAACUGCAGCUCAGGCCCAUGCUGCACUUCAAGAGGCAUCUGAAGGAGCCUUUUUGGUACGAGACAGCAGUCACCCUCUGUACAUGCUGACCCUCUCGGUCAGGACCGCACGCGGACCUACGAGUAUACGGAUCCAAUACAGCUGCGCCCAGUUUCUACUCGACUCCAGCUCCCCGGCCAGACCCAGCCUGUCGUCCUUCCCCAGUGUUCCCAGUCUGGUGCAGCACUACAUGGGACCAGAGAGAAAGGCAGAGGAGAGGAAGGUGGAAGAGGAGCCCCCUUCCAAACCUUCUCAGCAAGUUAUUCAGGAGACGACAGUAGUAUUAAAACUGAAGCAGGCUCUGUACAAGCCCCAAAGCCUCCCCUCUCUGCAGCACCUCACACGUCUCAUCAUUAACAAACACACUGACUGCCCUGACCAGCUACCACUCCCGAGGCCCUUGCUGCGUUACUUACAGGACUAUCCCUUCAAGGUCUGAGAAGGGGGUGGGUAUCCUCUGAAUCACUAUAUAUAGUGAUAUAUAGCUUACUUAUAGUAAAAAAAAACUGUCAAACAGGUCAUUUGUACCUGUAAGAGACAUUGCUGCUUCAGCAGUUGGAGGCCAGUUGCAAACAUACUGGACACAGGGUGAUGUUUUUGGUGACAAAAUAUGUACAAAUUCAGCUGAUACUGACGUGUCUGGUUUCAGACUUAAUUUGUUAAGGACUGGAUGGCGAAGCACACCAGAAAAAAAAAAAAAACCCGCAACAA